AUGAUAAGGGAGCAUAUGGUACAAUACAGUGCCAUGGUGGGGAAGAGAAAACUCUUCGCAGAAUACAAUUUCAUAUGGGUUCACAUUUAUCACAAGAGAAAAAUAUGUUGCCACUUGGUCUUCCAUAGAAAAAUGAGAGUAGGAAAACUCAUGAAGGCCUCUUCGAUGGAAAAAACAAAAACGAGAAAACAGUUGAAGAACAUAAUAUCCCGCAUGAUGUACACGGCAGACGUACGAGGAAAUUCUCUAUUCCAACAACAUUAUCUCUUUUUGAAGGUGGUGCGCCGACGACCUUUAAAGCUCAAUACAUGA